CGGACUUCACCUUCUACUCACUGAGCCCUAAGCGAUUGGAUGCAAUGACCGAAUCACGUACCGAGCUGCUCAACUGGCUGAAUAGCAUGCUGGAUUUGAACUACACCAAGGUGGAACAGCUGGGAUCAGGUGCUGCGUACUGCCAGAUCUUGGACUCCAUCUUUCUCGAUGUGCCAAUGAACAGGGUCAAGUUCGAUGCCACGAAGGAGUACGAGUACUUGAACAACUUCAAGGUGCUACAGUCCGCGUUGGUGAAGCACAAGAUCCAGAAAUCUGUUCCUGUUGAGAGACUCAUCAAGUGCAGAUUCCAGGAUAACUUGGAGUUCUUCCAGUGGAUUAGAAAGUUCUGGAAAGAGAAUAAGGACGAAUCCGAGUACGAUCCAAAUUCAAGAAGAAAAUACACACCUCCUCCAAGUACAAGCGCAAGAGCAACACCUGCACAGUCGAGACGCACAACACCGACUACGUCGACGUUGAGCUCUUCGCGUCGCACAGCUUCAGGCUCUUCAGCAGCCGGGGUGUCUUCCUCAGCGUUACCAAGAACUAGAAACGUGUCGUCGUCAUCAACAUCGGCGCCAGGUUCUAGAGUGGUGUCACAGCAGAACAAACAGCUAGAACUGGAGCUGCAGCAGACACAAGGUGCGUUGGCACAAGUUGAGGAGGAGCUUGGAGAGUAUAAAGGGGCCCUCGAUGCCUUAGAAUCUGAACGUAACUUCUACUUUAACAAGCUUCGUGAAAUUGAGAUCCUCACUGAAACUACAAGUGAUCUGUUGAAAGAAGGAGCAGCCUCUACUGUGGAAAUACCAUCUCUGAAGGAUAUCCUAAUCAAGAUCCAAGAGGUGUUGUAUAGCACAGAAGAGGGAUUCCUAAUUCCAGAUGAUGAUAUCGAUGAACAGCAAUUACAACAAGAGGAACAGCACCAGCAGCAGCACCAACAACAACAACAGCAACACGCUGCAGACAUUGAUAUGGAAGAGGAGACUUUUUGAAGAUAAUUUGAAUCGUAUAAUACUCUAUAACGUUACAAACUGCUAUGAAUGCA